GUCAGCGAACGUGGCGGGAGCCUAAAAGUGUCCGUGAAGUAAACAAGACGUUAAAUAAGUCGCUGCAUGAGGUGUUUAAAAUGAGCAGGUUGCGUUCAGCGGUGCUUAAAGGGAAGAGAGCCGGACUGGAGAUGGUAGAAUCAGCAAAACCAAAGCGGAAGAGGUCAAAGACAGCUGUCAAAGAAGAAACCACGAAUGCAUCCUCCCCGUCAUCCUCAUACCACACCUUCCAUGAUCCUGCUGAUGUGGUGCUGCUGCGUUCUCAGCUCCUAAACUGGUACGACAAGGAGAAGAGGGAGCUGCCAUGGAGGACUCUGGCUGUGACAGAGUCAGACCUCAACAUCAGGACAUAUGCAGUCUGGGUUUCAGAAAUAAUGCUGCAACAGACCCAAGUUGCCACAGUAAUAGACUAUUACAACAAAUGGAUGAAGCGGUGGCCCACGCUGCAGGAUCUUGCUGCUGCUACGCUAGAGGAAGUGAACCAGAUGUGGGCGGGUCUUGGCUACUACUCCAGAGGGAAAAGACUGCAUGAAGGGGCUCAAAAGGUGGUGUCGGAGCUUAAAGGGCAGAUGCCUCGCACAGUCGACAGCCUGCUGAAACAGCUGCCUGGAGUGGGACGCUACACAGCUGCAGCUGUGGGCUCUAUUGCUCUUGGUCAGGUUACCGGAGUGGUGGAUGGCAAUGUGAUUCGGGUGCUUUGUCGCCUGAGGGCCAUUGGAGCUGACAGCACAAGUCCUGCAGUAACAGAGGCACUUUGGAGUCAAGCCAACACGCUGGUGGAUCCUGAAAGACCCGGGGACUUUAACCAAGCCAUGAUGGAGCUGGGAGCACGAGUGUGUACCCCUAAAGGACCACUGUGCAGCCAGUGUCCCGUCCAGUCUCACUGCCGCUCUUUUCGCAAGGUUCAUAUUAAACAAGAGAAAAACUCCAGGAAGCUCUUGGGGAAGCUGGACAGGAAGCCACCCACCCUGCCAGAUAUAGAAGACUGCACAAACAGCGAGACAUGUCCGCUGUGUCCCUCGGAGCCCUGGGACGAUGAGUUAGGCGUUCAGAACUUCCCCAGAAAGCCGGCGAAGAAGCCGCCCCGGGUGGAGCGAACUCUGACCUGUGUGGUGAUCAGACCUGGAGAGGAUGGAGAGGAAGAGUACCUGCUCACACAGAGGCCAAACAAAGGUUUGCUGGCUGGCUUGUGGGAGUUUCCGAGUCUUCUGCAGGGGGAGAAGAGCUCUGACGUGAAAGAGAAGAGGGCUCUGUGUACUCAGAUCAGCGGGUUACUGGGAACCCAUCUGGCAGAAAGCCUCUUCCAGUAUGUGGGGGAGGUGGUUCACAUCUUCUCCCACAUCCACCAGACGUACGUGGUUCACAGUGUGUGUUUGAAGGACGCUGACACACAAACACAGACUGAAAACGCACAGUGGCUCACCAGGUCCGCUCUACAGGAAGCCGCCGUGUCCACGGGAGUGAAAAAGAUCGUGAAGCUCUGUGACUCUGUGGACACUCAAAAAGAGCAAACCUCCAAGGUUGGGAAAAGUCAGAAGCAGACCGGCACAAAGAAUAACAAGAAUCAACAGACCUCAAAAAAACCCAGACUGAGUGCAGCUAGCAGCGGCAGCAGACAGCUCUCCCUCAGCGCCUUCUUCAACUCAGUUAAACAGGAAUCUUGAUGGUAUUGUGUGUUUGAAACCUCUUCAUGACGUCUCCUCAUGCACACGUGCCUUAUUGUCAAAGCAUCAUCCUUAUGUUGCCACAUAGAGGUAUUGUUGUGGUAUUAUAGACCCAUCUCUGGAAAUUAAAUACAAAAUGCCAGCAAAUUAUUUUAACAUCAGAUUUUUUAAUUGUUGUUAGUUCAAAAAGAUAUAUGUUUAUUGCUCCUCUGAAGUUCCUGUGUGGACUUUUAGUGUCUAGUGACCUCAUUAUAGAUCAUGUUUUUAUAACUAUAUUAUGACUAGUCUACAUGUUUUUACAAGCAGUAUGUAAGAUACUUGUUUAAUAAUAUUAUUUUAUAAUUUUGUUUUAUAUUACUGCAUUAAGAAUGUGAUGUUAGUGGACAAAACGUGUAGAGAAUGUAACUUUUGAUAAUAAAGCUCAGACACAAGACAAA